AUGGCCUUCUUUGACUUCAAGCCUCACGAGAAGCCCUAUUUUGAGGCCCAGAUUGCCUCCUUCCGUCAACACCACGACAUUGAGGUUUCGUACUUCCCCGUCAAGCUCGGGCCCAGCACGGUCUCGCUGGCUCACAAGUGCAAGAUUGUCUGCGUCUUUGUCAACGACGAUGUGAGCGCACCUGUGCUGACCACCCUGGCUGCCCAGGGCUGCCAGAUGAUUGCUCUUCGCUGCGCCGGCUUCAACAAUGUCGACCUGAAGGCCGCCGCCGCUCUGGGCAUCUCGGUUGCCCGUGUCCCGGCUUAUAGCCCCUACGCCGUCGCCGAGCACGCUGCCUCGCUGCUGAUGGCCAUCAACCGCAAGCUGCCCCAGGCCUACAACCGCUUCAAGCAAGCCAACUUUACCCUCACCAACCUCGUCGGCUUUGACCUGCACGGCAAGACCGUCGGCGUCAUCGGAACAGGCAAGAUUGGCCAGUGCUUCGUCAAGAUCAUGCUGGGCUACGGCUGCGAGGUCCUGCUGUACGACGUUUACAAGUGCAAGGAGCUCGAGGAGCUGCCCGGCUGUCGCUAUGUCGAGCUGGACGAAAUCUUCCAGAAGAGCCGCGUGAUUUCGCUGCACGUCCCGCUCCUGCCGACCACCAAGUACCUCGUCAACGCCGACACGCUCAAGAAGAUGCAGAAUGGCGUCAUCAUCAUCAACACCUCCAGAGGCGCUCUCAUCAAGACUACUGCUCUCAUCGAUGCCCUCAAGUCCGGCAAGGUCGGCGGCGCCGGCCUCGACGUCUACGAGGAGGAGCAGCAGUUCUUCUUCGAGGAUCGAUCCGGCGACAUUAUGAAGGACGAUGUCCUGGCCCGCUUGAUGACCUUCCCCAACGUCAUCGUCACUGGCCACCAGGCCUUCCUGACCGAGGAGGCGUUGAUUGCCAUCGCGAGCGUCACCCUGGGCAAUGUCGGCGAGUUCCUCGACGGCAAGAAAGGCAAGGAGCUCACCAACGCCGUCUAA